AUGAACGGCAGGUCAGACCUAGAAGAUUCAGACGAGGAGGAUGUUGUGAGGAAAACACUCCAGCAACUGGAGGAAGCCCAUGCAAGCGACGACGGUCUGGGCGAAGAAGAUGCCGUUGACGAGGAUCUCAAUGAGGAAGAAGGUGCCAAUAAUGGCGGAGAGGAGGAGGAACAAGAGAAAAAUGGAGAGGACCUUCAGGACUCGUCAGAUGAAGAGGAGGAGGGCCAGGACGAAUAUGACAUGGACGACAAGUUCCUGGUAGGCGACGAGGAUGAAGAAGAUGAGGAAGGAGAGGAGGAGGGCACCGAGGAAGAGAGGAAGCGGAGGAGGCGCAAGAGAAGAAAGGAGGCUGAGCUAGACGAAGAGGACUAUGAACUCAUUGGCCUGCGUCCGCCGCGGCCUACAGAGCAGCGCAAGCGCAUCAGGAAGCUGGCAGACACAGGCCAGGGGACUACUGCCGAGCGGCUGAAGGAAGACCUUUUUGGUCCUGAGGAUGAAGGUCUUGAGGACGAGGAUGAUGAUGAUGUGGCAGCGCCGGCGCCGAGGCAGGAGCAGCGGCAGGACAGGGAUUUUGAUGACGGCCUGGAGGAGGAGGAUGAAUUUGCAGACUUCCUGGAUUACGAUGACGAGGGGGGUGUGCCCGGCGAGGGCCGCCGGCGCCGGCGGGAGCGCGCGCAGGGUCUGCCCCCGGGCAUCUCCUCAGCCGCUUUCCAUGAGGCGCAGGAGAUCUUUGGGGACGUGAGUGAUUUGUUGGAGGAGUAUGGCAAUCGCAGGCGGCAGGUGGUGGAGGAUGAUGACAGGGAGGAUGAUGCUAUUUUGGAAGGAGACUAUGAUGAUGAGGAGGCAGAGGAGCGCCAGAGGGAGCUGGAGGAGAGGCGGCAGGCGCGGGCGAUGCGCAAGGUGACGGAGGCGGUGGAGCCGGAGUUGAUGGCGCGCGCGAUGCUGCGGCCGGAGGAUGACGUCAUCCGCGCCACCGACCUGCCCGAGCGCGAGCAGCUGCGGCCGCCCAUCCCCCUCGACAACCCCGACCACCGCGCCUGCGCCGAGUGGAUCCAUGAGCACCUGGUGGGGGCGCGCAGCAGCGAGAAGCAGUUCGAGACGGAGAUUUUGUGCCUGGGAAGGCGGGAGGUGGAUGGGCCGCCGCCUGAUGGGCGCCUGGAGUGGAACGAUGCUGAAAUCAAGGAAGGUCUCACUGACCUGUCCAGAGGAGAGAGGGCGGUCCGGGAGCGGAGGAGUGUGCGAGCAUUCAAGGCAUGGCUAACGGAUGACCAGGCCCAGGAGAAGCUGAAGCAGAACAUCACCAAUGUUCUGGCCGACAUGUUUGACAGCCACUUCGAAGUCCCUUACAUCGCCCAGUACAGGAAACAGGUGGCGGAUGAGCUGCUGGCCAUGCGGAAAGGGGAUGUUCCAAAUGUGACGAGCAAAGAUGAGUCGCGCAGGCGGCAGGAGAAGCGGCAGCCGGAAAUGCCGGUCGGCGUCGUGCAGGCGAAGCACAGGAGGAUCCGGCGGUGGGACGUGCUGUGGUACGUGCACAGCAUGGCGAUGAGGUGGCGAGCUCUGGCGCGGCGCAAGGAGAUCCGUGAGAGGGCUUACCAGGACGCCCUUGAACGCGCGCCAGAGAACGCUCAGCUCACCAUCGACCGCCUGCUCGACACCCUCCGCAAGGCCGAGAGCCCUGAGGAGGUGGCAGAUGUGGAGGCCAAGUACAAGCUGAAGGCCGCUGAGCUGGCCGAGGGCAUCGCCGACCUGAAUAUUGAUGACCAGGCGCCCCUCACCCGCCGGCCCAAAAAGAUCUCGGCAUACGAGACACUCAGAAAGGCUGGUUUGGAGCCGGUGGUGCGGGAGAUGGUCAUCAGCGCACAGGAGCUUGGGGAGAAUCUGGAGAGCCAGUACAAGAAGCAUGAUUGUAUUGACCCCAGGAUGAUGCCCGAGGAGUUUGCGGCAGAGCACGUGGUCCCGGGCUCUGCCUUUGACUCACCAGAAGCGCUGCUGCACGGCGCGCGCCAGAUGGCCGUCAGUGAAGUGGUGGCGGAGCCCGAAGUGCGCAGAUUUGUCCGCAACAAGUUCAUGCCAGCGGCUGUCAUCAGCACAGAGCCGACCCCGCAAGGCGAGACGAUCAUAGAUGCAUUCCACCAAUACGGCCGUGUGAAGCGCCUGCGCAACAAGCCGGUCAACAUGUUCGAGGGCGAGGAGGACUUCCUCUGCAUUGUGCAGGCCGAGAAGGAGAGCCUGCUCACAGUUAGCAUAGAGGUGCCAGAAGAAGAGCUGGAGGGCGAUCUGAUAAAGUCCCUGGCGGAGUUCUAUGUGUCCCCGGGGACGUCCAUCAGCGCCAACGCGUGGAACGAGCAGCGCAUGGCAAUCCUGCACGAGGCCGUGCAGCAGCGCCUGCUGCCGGCGUUUGCGCUGGAGCUGCGCGGCCGGCUGCUGGCCGACGCCCGCCACGCCGCGCUGCACCACGUGAGGACGGUGGAGGAUGAUGAAGUGGUGGAGCGGCGGCGUUUCAUGGCGGUGUGCUGGGGCCCGGGCGACCCGGCAACCACGCUCGCCAUGCUAGACGACGCCGGCCAGCUCAGCGACAUCCUCUUUGCCGGCCAGCUCAGUGGCCCCAUCCGCCACAGCCGCGACGGCCUCUUCAUAGACCAGAGCAAGGUGAAGGAUGCUGAGCGCAUCAGGGACUUCAUCCUGGAGCACCGGCCGCACGUGGUGCUGGUGGGAGCCACGAAUCUGCACUGCAAGCAGCUGCACGGCGAUCUGCGCGCGAUCAUGGACCACAUUCUGGAGCACCACCCGCAGUUCAUCACGCGCUCCGAUGUCGGCGACGUAGACAUUGUGUACGCGGACGAGACGCUGGCCGCUCUGUGGCAGACCUCCGCCGCCGCGCAGCAGGACAUGGGCGACCAGCCGCCCCUCGUGCGCCGCGCGGUGGCGCUGGCGAGGUGCGCGCUGGACCCUCUGGCGGUGCUGGCGUCGCUGUGCGGCCCCUCGGCCGAGAUCCUGGGCGCCAACCUGCACCCGCUGCAGGAGCUGCUGCCCAAGCAGGACCUGCUCGCCGUCGCCGAGCGCAUCUGCAUCACUGCCACCAACCAGGUGGGCGUGGACAUAAACAGGGUGGCCCACAACGCGUGGCAGGCGGCGCCGAUGCAGUUUGUGGCGGGCCUGGGGCCGCGCAAGGCCCAGGCGCUGCUGCGCACCGUGCAGCGCGAGCAGCACGUCACCACCCGCCUCGACAUGUGGAAGGAGUUUGGCGUGCUCGGAAAAAACGUCUUCAGGAAUUGCGCGGGGUCGAUCCGCGUGGCGGCGAGCGGGCAGGACAUGGGGACGGCGGACAUGGUGCCCCUGGACGACACGCGCGUGCACCCCUCCUUCUACGACACCACCGCCUGCCUCGCGCAGCUUGCCCUCGGCUCUGAUCGGCCCGACCCCCGCAACGGUGACACCCACGCCGUCGACCGCGUGCUCUCCAAGCCCCAGCUCAUCGAGUCCCUCAACCUCAUGGAUGUGCUGGAGCGGUUCAAGGAUGAUGCCUCACUGGGCAAGCCGCUCAGCACGCUGCGGGACAUCUGCUUCGAGCUGGUGCAGCCCAACGGAGAGCUGCGAGUGGAGGCUGAUCGCAUGGGGGACGAUCAGGCCUUCUGGCUGCUGACGGGGGAGUCGCCGGAGACGCUCAAGCCGGGGCGGCUGGUGACGGCGACGGUGAUGUCGUCCGGGCGCGACGACGCGCGCGUGCGGCUGACGGAUUUCGGCGGCGUCGAGGGCAUUGUGCGCCGCGGCGACGUGUCGUCCAACGGCGAGGACAUCUCCCCGGCCGACCGCAUGCAGCGCGGCCAAACCAUCACCGCCCGGAUAAAGCUGGUGACGCCCACACAAUUUGUGGUGGAGCUGACAACGGCUUCCAACGAUCUCAUGAACGACAGCGCCUGGGAGAAGGAGUACUGCGCAAAGAACGACAAUUACUACUACGUCUUAUCAGAGGCGGAGAAGGCGCAGCGGGCGGUGGCGGAAGCCAAGGCGCAGCGCUCGCGGCAAAUCGUGAGUCGCCCCAUCCGGCACCCCUACUUCAAGAACGUCAACGCGCCGCAGGCCACCGAGCUGCUGAAAGACGCGGCCGUGGGCUCCUACCUGCUGCGGCCCUCCUCCCGCGGCAUCACCCAGAUCACCCUCACCAUCAAGGUGCACGGGAGCGAGCCGGACGGGCAGGGAACCCCGGUGUACAUGCACCACGAGGUGCGGGAGGGGAAGAAGGAGGAGGGCGUCGGCGCGCACCUGCGCCUGGGCCGCCCGCUCAGCAUCACGCUGACGGGGGGCCGCAUUGAGGAGUACGAGGACCUGGACGAGAUCCUCGCUCGCUUCGCAGAUCCCCUUGUCGCCAACCUCAAGCAGGUCAUGCGCCACAGGAAGUACAGGGAGGGGUACUGGGAGGGGCAUGAGGGCUUGAAGGAGCAGCUGAUGGCGGAGAAGGCGCAGACAAAGGGGGGCGCUGUCUACCUGCUGGGCUGCAAGCUGGACACGCCCGGCACCUUCUACCUGGGCUACAUCAUCAACACCAACCCCCACCGCGAGUACUUCACCGUCACCCCUGACGGCUUCUACUUCCGCCACGAGGUGCGGUCAAAGGUGGACAGUGUGAUCGGCCUGUUCAAGCAGCAGCCGGUGGUCAACAGGGACUCAGCGCCUGCUGCGCCGGCCGCGCAGCCUCGCGCAACACAGUCGCGCUCGGCCCAGCCGCCGCUGCCACCUCCGCCCCCACCGCCAGCCUAUCCUGGCGCGCAGUAUGGCGGGUCGCAGGGCUCGGACUGGUCAGCAGUAAUGCAGCAGCAGCAGCAGCAGCAGCCGCAACAGGCGUAUGGUCAGCAGCAGUGGCCUGCAGCUUCAGGCUACCCGAUGCAGCCCCAACAGCAGCCGGGAUACAGCGCCUACUCAAGAUGAGGCAGGGCUGUUGUGUGGGAUGAGCAUCGCAUGGACGUGCACCGGUAUUUAUAAAUGAAGAACUCUGAGACGCUUUCGUAAUUUUGAUCAUCUUAGACUGCUUUGAGUGAUCCUGUAAAGGACAUGUGUUAUUUGUGAGCUGUUGGUAAUGCUCCUAGCUUUUUUCAUUGUCGUGCUAGCACAGAUGUACUUGAUGAAGUUCCCUUCAUCCUUGGUAUUAAUCAGCAG